AUGUCAUCACAUCCACUGGAUCCAUUGUCAGCAGCGGAAAUUACCCACAUCUCCUCGUCGAUUAAGGAGAAAUCACCAGGCAAAUCCCUACACUUCAAAGUCAUAUCCAUCAACGAACCACCGAAGCACCUUCUGAGAAAAUACCUUAUAGCUGAGAGAAAUGGAGGUUCAACAUCCCACUUACCACGUCUCGCCUCAGCCCUGUACUAUCACCGCGGUACUUCGGAUAUGUUUCUUGUGACGAUCAAUUUAUCAGAGAAUUCUGUUGAGCAGAUCAAACUUUUAGAAUCCCAUUUCCAUGGACAAGCGGAUGUAGAUGAGAUCUUGGAAAUGAGAGACGCUUGCCUGAAGCACCCUCAGGUGAUUGAAGCAAUCAAAAAGUAUCAGCUUCCGGAUCAUUUAAAGGUUGUUUGUGAUACCUGGCCGUACGGAAGGGAUUCUGAAGAUCAUCAUCCACGUUAUGUACAGUGCUACCUCUUCGCUGAAGGAGAACACCCUGGCUCCAACCAUUACGACAUGCCACUACCUUUCUCGCCAGUACUUGAUAUGACGACGAAAGAGCUUGUUGACAUCAUUCGCCUCCCGACAGGACCCGGUUCAGAACUCAAGCAUGAUUCAGUUUAUGUCCCUCACCCAGCUAGAGAAUAUCAUCAUGCGCUCCAAUCGGGACCAGCUCGAACAGAUCUCAAAUCUCUCACAGUCCACCAACCUCAAGGUGUUUCAUUCAGCGUGGAUGGUUAUCUCGUUCGUUGGCAAAAGUGGAGAUUCAGACUAGGCUUUAAUUGGAGAGAGGGAAUGGUCUUGCACGAUGUGACUUAUGACGGCAGGGAACUGUUUCAUCGAUUGAGUUUGAGUGAGAUGUUUGUCCCCUAUGGUGAUCCGAGGAUGCCGUAUUCGAGGAAGAGCGUUUUUGAUGUGGGAGAUAUUGGUGCAGGGGUGGCUGCAAAUAAUUUGGCGCUGGGAUGCGAUUGUCUAGGUUCGAUCAAGUAUUUCUCCUUCGUGGUCUCAAACUCUCAAGGACAACCAGUUGACAAGCCGAAUGCCAUAUGUAUGCAUGAGAUUGAUGAUGGCAUUGGAUGGAAACACACAAACACUCGAACUGGAGCCGUUUCUAUUGUCAGGUCGCGUGUUUUGGUCCUACAAACGAUCAUAACUGUUGGAAACUACGAGUAUAUCUUCAUGUGGCAUUUGGAUCAAGCAGCUGGGUUGCAUUACAAGAUACAAGCUACUGGUAUUCUCUCGACAGCACCAAUUGAUCCCGGCGUCACAGUCCCUUUUGGCACGAAUGUGAAUGAGGGUGUUAUGGCACCUUUCCAUCAACACGUUUUCAGUCUCCGGAUCGAUCCGUGUAUCGACGGCAGCAACAACUCUUUCGUUGAAGAAGAUUCUGUCGCUAUGCCCUGGGAUGAGAGUAAUCCGUAUGGCGUUGGAUAUGUUACAAAAAGCCAACUUCUCUCGAAGUCAGGUUACUCGGACUCUGCUCCUAAUCGUGUUCACAAGAUAGUUAAUCCAUCAAGCAUCAACAAAACUUCCGGCAAACCCGUCGCUUACGCAAUCCACAGCCCCUCGAAACAAAUGCUUCUCGCCCAUCCAAAUUCAUGGCACGGCAAGCGAGCAAAAUAUGCAUUUCACCCGUUUUGGGUGACAGCUCACAAGGACGAUGAACUGUAUGCUGCAGGCGAUUACACUUACCAAUCUCACCCUGACUUCACAAGCGACUUAGCAGCAUGGACAGCCCGGGAAGACAACACAGAAGAUACGGAUAUUGUCGUUUGGCACUCAAUAAGUCUGACGCAUAAUCCUAGAACUGAGGAUUAUCCGGUAAUGCCGUGCGAUACGAUGACCGUCAGUUUGAAGCCGAGCGGAUUCUUUGAACAGAACCCUGCGCUUGAUGUACCGCAGAGUACUCAGAAGGGAAAUCAAAGUGUCUUGAUUGAAGACAAAUCGUUAAAAAAUGUAUUGGGGGGAGCAGAAAGUCGUGGUUCUGGCCGAGACUCGAAAUUAUGA